AUGGCCUUCCCUAGUAUUGAGGUCAACUCCAUGCCGACACUGACUGCUCCUGUCAAUACCAUGCCGGGAGGCAUCCUCAAGCGUGAGAACCGUGGUAACAUCAACACAUCGAGACAAGCCGACAAGACCAACUUCUGGGGUGCACUCUUGGCAAGCGCAGAGCGACGAAAAACCCCUGGUGAACGCGGUGCCAGUCCGCUUUCCAUUGGUACGAAGAGAAAUGAAGCACAGGAACACGUCGAUACCAUCUCUACGACGAGAGCUAGCGACAGCGAUGUGGUCAUGGACACAAUAGACCCGGCUCUUCUUGGCCAUUCAGGCAGCACUUCUCUAGCAGCCGGUUCCGAUACGUCAGCUGUAGGCGCUCUCAAGGUCUUGGUUAGCAGAAGGCGAUAUCGACGCGUCAAGUCUCGCUCUAUACUACACAGCACGACUGACAAGAAACAUAUUGGACAGAAACAUAUGAUGUCGAGACCCGUGGUAACGAAAACGGACGACCAGCGCGCCGAGCCUGAUUUCACGAGGCACAUUGCGAAGAUGGUGCUCUCGUUUAUCCUGAUUCAGAACAGGCAAGGGAAGACGCGGUUGGCGAAAUGGUAUGCGCCGUAUAGUGAUGAAGAGAAGGUCAAGUUAAAAGGCGAGGUGCACCGCCUCAUUGCGCCACGCGACCAAAAACACCAAUCCAACUUUGUCGAGUUCCGCAACAUGUCCAAGAUCGUAUACCGCCGAUACGCCGGCCUCUUCUUCUGCGCAUGCGUCGAUACCAACGAUAAUGAACUGGCGUACUUGGAAGCCAUACACUUCUUCGUAGAGGUAUUGGAUGCGUUCUUUGGGAAUGUCUGUGAGCUGGAUUUGGUGUUCAACUUCUACAAGGUGUAUGCGAUCCUCGACGAAGUAUUUCUUGCGGGUGAGAUCGAAGAGACGAGCAAACAGGUUGUGUUGACGCGGUUGGCACAUCUCGAUAAGCUGGAAUAA